ACUUUGGAGGUGCACUAAACAACCGGAAGUGAAGGAUCACGACGUUCCUGCGUGUUUGUGUUGACGACAACAACCCGCCGUGGAAAAGUCGUUUAAAACACAUCCAGGCUGUUUGGGAGCGCUGUGAAACAUGUCGGAUAACGAAGAUAACUUCGACGACGGAGAUUUUGACGAUGCGGAGGAGGAUGAGGGAUUGGAUGACUUGGAAAACGUGGAAGAUGAGGACCAGGAGAACGUCCAGAUCCUCCCAGCCGGUGAGGGACAGCAAGCCAACCAGAAGAGGAUCACAACAUCUUAUAUGACCAAGUACGAAAGAGCCCGCGUCUUGGGAACAAGAGCUCUUCAGAUAGCGAUGUGUGCUCCUGUCAUGGUGGAGUUGGAAGGUGAAACAGACCCUUUACAGAUCGCAAUGAAGGAGCUCAAGAGCCGGAAAAUCCCCAUCAUCAUCCGCCGGUAUCUUCCGGACGGCAGCUAUGAAGACUGGGGCUGCGACGAGCUGAUCAUCACCGAUUGAUCUGCAGUACCAGCCGUGAACACAAGAGAGCGAUAUAACUUAAAAAAAUGUCUGGUCCCGCAAGUUGUGUUUGGAUAUAUCCAGCUCAGAAUCCUUUUUAUAUUGUGUUGAUUAAACUGUUUUGUAGAAAAGUCA